UUUUCUUCCCCCUUUCAUAUCCUCUUUUUCCCUUUUUCCACCCUCCACAGCCGCCUCCUUCUAUCGCCCCUCUGCUUCUUCUGCCGGAGCCGCCGCCGCGCCCUCCUCCUCGCCUCCUCGCGCGCGCCGCCGCCGCCGAGCGAGCGAGCCCGGAGGGUGCGUGGACGGCCUCCUCUUCCUCCGUCCUAGCCUUCUCCGCUCCCUCGCGCGCGGGCGCGGCGCGGCGCGGCACGGCACGGCCGGCGAGCAAAGUUCGGAGAGGCGGCGAGGUCGGCCGGCCCAGCCAGCCAGCCAGCCUCGUUCCGCCACCUCGGGUUUUUUAAGUGCAGUCGCCCGCCUUCACUGUGUGCUGUAGAUUGAGGCAAAAACAUUUUCCAGGAGAUGGCAGCGACGAUGGUGGCGAUGUCGGCCAAGAGCAAGAACAGCGUGCUGACAUUGGAGAAGAAGCAGGGCUGGUCUGUCCCACAACUUCCGGAGCUCCGGUUCCCUUGGGAUUUGCAUGAAGACAAGGGCUUCUCUUUGAGCUUACAUGGCUCUGCCUCCCCUCAUGGUGGGCUGUUUGCUAGCGUCGGUCUCAAAGUGUCCACAGCUGCACCAGCAGUGGCACCCAGUCCUGCCGAGCAUGACUUCAAGAUUCCGUUCGCUGAUCAUUGCAUAAAGUAUGUCUCCUCAGCAGUGGGGUACCAAGUUCCUGGGACUGAGGCUGAAUCUGUCAAUGAGGAAGAGGUGGUGGAUGGCAAGGCUGUGAAGAAAGCCAAGAAACGUGGGCUGAAGCUGAAAAUUAAGAUUGGGAACCCACAUUUGAGGCGGCUGGUUAGCGGAGCCGUUGCGGGAGCUGUCUCGAGGACUUGUGUGGCACCUCUGGAGACGAUUAGGACCCAUUUGAUGGUUGGGAGCAAUGGGGACUCUAUGACAGAGGUAUUCCAGUCAAUCAUGAAGACCGAGGGGUGGACAGGGCUGUUCCGUGGGAACUUUGUCAAUGUCAUCCGAGUUGCACCAAGCAAGGCUAUUGAGCUAUUUGCUUUCGAUACAGCCAAGAAAUUCUUAACUCCAAAGGCUGAUGAGUCCCCUAAGACACCCUUCCCUCCAUCGCUUAUUGCUGGAGCACUUGCUGGGGUUAGCUCAACAUUGUGCACAUACCCCUUGGAAUUGAUCAAGACCCGAUUGACUAUUGAGAAAGAUGUCUAUAACAACUUCCUCCAUGCUUUCGUCAAGAUACUACGAGAGGAAGGCCCCUCAGAGCUCUACCGCGGGCUGACACCGAGUCUGAUCGGCGUGGUGCCAUACGCUGCAACCAAUUACUAUGCCUACGACACCCUGAAGAAGCUCUACAGGAAGACAUUCAAGCAGGAGGAGAUCAGCAACAUCGCGACUCUUCUCAUCGGUUCAGCCGCGGGUGCCAUCUCGAGCACCGCCACCUUCCCUCUCGAGGUAGCUCGCAAGCAAAUGCAGGUCGGAGCGGUAGGCGGCAGGCAGGUCUACAAGAAUGUCUUCCAUGCUCUGUAUUGCAUAAUGGAGAAUGAAGGGAUUGGCGGCCUUUACAAGGGGCUUGGGCCGAGCUGCAUCAAGCUGAUGCCUGCGGCUGGAAUCUCAUUCAUGUGCUAUGAAGCUUGCAAGAAGAUACUGGUUGAAGAUGAUCAGGAUAGUGAGUGA